UUUUUUUUUUUCCUUUUCGGAAGUUCUCAAGCGCAAGAGUUUAGUUGAAGCUGUUUGCCACUUUACUAGAACACCACUUCUUACCCUCUACUUGCCCGAUUACCUUGAUUAUAUUUAAUAGUCAGGCAUAAUGUCGGACGAAAUUAUUUGGCAGGUCAUCGACAAGCAGUUUUGUAGCUUCAAACUAAAAACUACAAAAGAGAAGACUUUCUGCCGAAAUGAGUAUAAUGUGACAGGUCUUUGCAAUAGACAGUCAUGUCCUCUCGCCAAUUCUCGUUAUGCCACUGUGCGGGCGCACCCAACUAAGGGCACCUUGUACCUAUAUAUGAAGACUAUUGAACGAGCCCACAUGCCAGCAAAACUAUGGCAGAGGAUCAAGCUGUCACAGAAUUAUGCCACCGCCCUGAAGCAGAUCGAUGAACAACUCAUCUACUGGCCCAAAUUCCUGGUACACAAAGCGAAACAGCGAAUCACUAGGCUUACGCAAGUGGCGAUACGGAUGAGAAGGCUGGCUAAGGAAGAGGCACGAUUGGGCGAGAAAGUCGUACCUAAGAUGGCACCUAAGAUCAGGCGCCGAGAAGAAACAAGAGAACGUAAGGCAGAGGCAGCCGCUAAGUUAGAACGAACAAUCGAACGGGAGCUUAUGCAGAGGCUGCGCACGGGUGCAUACGGCGAUCAGCCACUCAACGUCAGCGAGACGAUCUGGAAGAAGGUCCUUAAUGCUAUGGAGCGCGAGGGCGAAGGAAAAAGGGACAAAGAUCUCGAUAGGGGUAUUGAAGAUGAGGAAGAAGAAGAGGAAGAAAACGAAGUUGAAUACGAGGAAGAAGACGACGAGCCCGACGGAGCAGUCGAAUAUGUCAGUGACUUCGAAGAGAGCGAUGACGACCUUGAAGAUAUCGAGGAUUGGCUAGGGAGCGACGAGUCCGACAAGGAAGAGGAGUCACAAAGCGAAGAUAGCGAGGAGGAAUCAACCAAGAAGGCUGUUGGCGACAAGAGGAAGAGAGCACGUGUUAUCAGCUCGAAGCCGAAGAAGGCGGCUCGACGAGGAAAGGAGAUUGAGCACGAGCAUGAGUUCGAGCGGCAUAGAGAGGAACUUGCUUUCUAGAAGACACUACUAUGAUCGGAAUUCAAGCUCUAGCAUCUUAUAUUACGUUAAAUGUCUCGAUACCCUUUUUGAUACCUACGGGUAUCCUUAUAAAUAUAAAGGCGCAAUUGUCUCUUUCCCGCG